AUCCCGGCGAAGGUAGACGAAUGUAACCGAGCUAACCCUGUGUAACAUCGUGUCGCUCGUACAGUCACUCGUUAAAAUUAUUGACCACUGCCGUUUCCGUCGAGUUAAACGUAUAUUUAAUCUUCAAAUAAUUGAUGUAAUCGCGACUAAUGAGUAGAGACAUUGUUUCUGUGAAAUUUGUAUCUUUUAAAUAUCGUCAAGUAUCGUAAUAUCGUUAAACGAUACGAAUUUUGAUUUGACAUAACCUUUUCACCGACUGUACUUUUCCCGCUGCAAACGCGUACAGUCAGGUGAUUUCCUAUUGACAAAAGACGAGCUUGGUAUCUUUCGAUGAAUAAACGAAAACAACUUGGAAGCGAUGCUAAUAGAAAAUUCGAUUCACGAAAGACAAAGCGGGGACAAAAGAAUCUCGACGGACUGUACAACCGAAGUUGUAUUGACUGCAGCGUUUUCUUCGAGCGAGUGCAUUUCGUCGAAAUCGAGGCAUAUAAGGUGUAUAAAUGGUGAAAAUGCAAGGGAUCGUCGAUUAUUAAUAACAUUCUACGAACAAUUGCGAUCGAAAGAAGAUUACAAAGCACGAUACGAUGCCACAAACAAGAAUGAAAUAUUUUUCGAAACGUGUCCAUGAUGACAUUAAUGUCCAUGGGACAUUAAUCGGAAAAUAAGGUGACUCGAUGGUUACUUGAAAAUUUGAAAAUCACGCGCUAGAAAAAAGAAAUACAAUUCCAACGAUCCACCUAAUUAAAAUUUCGGAAAACUUUCUGAUAGACACUGCCAUUGUCACGUGAUGCAUUCUAUUCUUACGUCACUUUUCGCGUAAAAUUUAAAAAUUUUCCCAGACAUUUAUGAUUUGAUUUUUCAACAUAUUUCCUUGGUAAGUUAAUUUCAAGCAAAAAUUAAAAUGGGAAAAACGAGAGGAGUACACGAAACAACACCAGAAUUAAGAAAUCGUAUGGUAGGAAUGUACGAAGCCGGUUUAGGUCUGAGAGAAAUUGCGGCAGCUGUAAAUUGUUCGCAACGCACAGUGAAAAGGUGGUUAAAUAGAUUUGAUAAGGAAGGUACAGUAGAAACGCGUGAACGUUGUGGACGUAAAAGAGCCACAACAGCAGAACAAGAUGAAGCAAUUGUACGUCUAGCCACGCAAACACCAAUAACAGCUGCGAAAGCUGUCCUUCCCGCUUUAGGAUUAACUUGUUCUGUAGAUACUAUACGUGAAAGAUUACACAAAGCUGGAAUUCACAACUGGAGUCCUUCGCGUAAAUACAUGCAAAGGAUUCCACUUGGUGACGCAGAUGGUACUGCUAUUCAACAACCUGUGUGGAGGCCCACUGGAACGCAGUUAGGAAAAAAGAAGUUUUCCAAAGAUUCUAAUAAAAAUGACAAAACCAGCAGUACAGCCAAAAAGAAAAUUCCUCCGCGUAAAAUUAGAGCUAGAGAUAUAUAUGUUGGAGAUGGGGCACCAUUAAAAAAUGUAAAGCCAUCUAAUCAACAAGAAUUCAUAUAUCCCCAGCAAAAUGCUCAGCAAUCUCAGGCCAGUGAAAUUCAAGCAACACCCCAACAACCUUUAUCACAAAGUCAAACGGAAUUUGGUAAUGCAUUGAGUUUAGCUCAACAAACGCAACCCAUUUAUCAACAUCCUGGUUUAAAUAUUUCACAAAAUUGGCCGUUAGAUUUAGUGCAAGGAAGUCACCACUAUCCACAGGGCCAAACGAAUCCAAUACCUCACGAAUCUUCUUCGCAACACGAUUUGCAUGCUCCACAAGACCAACAACAUCACGUGCAACAAGUUCAACAAGUACAACAAAUAAUUACAAAUCAAACCCACGAUCUUGAUCAACAGCAAAGGCACGUUCAAGUAGACGUCCAACAACAUCAUCAUGAACAUUUACAUUCUCAACUAACUAGUCCACAAAUCAGCACGAAUUUAGCUUCCGAUAAUUCUAAUUCCUGUAGUUCUCAAGAUAAUAAUCAGUCUUCUAGCAGCGAAUCAAAACAGGACGUAGAUACAUCGAAAGAAAGCGGGGAGAAAAGUGAACGGCAGAAAAGGAAAAAGAAAGGUGGGAAAGCAAAAGGAACAUUGGAAACAAGCGUUGAAAUUCGAAAUCGUAUGAUCGGAAUGUCCGAGGCGGGUUUAUCCACGUUGUCUAUCGCGCUUGCAAUCGACAGAUCGGAACGUACUGUUAAAAGAUGGUUAGAACGUUGGCAUAAAGAAGGCAACGUGCAAACCAAGGAAAGAAAGGGCCGUCGACGAAUUACAACUAAAGAACAAGACGAGGCGAUCGUCGCUCUGGCUACUCAACAACCGUUAACCGCAGCUAAACACGUUGCUCCUGCUCUUGGAUUAAAAUGUAGCGUUGACACGAUCAGGGAAAGACUUCAUAAAGCUGGUAUACAUAGUUGGAAGCUUGGGAAAAAACAGGGAGAAGGAAACGCUGUACAUACUGUACACCUUUGGCAACCUAGUGGGAAUCGACCCAAUAAACCGAAAAUACCCAGUGAAAGGAAGAAAAAGUUAAGUAGUAGUAAAAGACGCGACCAGUCGUCGAGUAGUAUGCAAAGACGAUCAUCUACUAGGAAAAAGAAACUCGAGUCCAACCCAAUAAAAACAGUCCCAUCAACAGCAGACAUACUACCAGAACAAUCCACCGUUUUACCAUUUCACGAUCCUGCAACAAUGGCAAACUAUGUUUCAGGUUCUAAUAUAAUGCAAUCUGUUCAUAAUAUUCCUGGACCUCCUCCGCCACUUGUUCAACCUCAACCACAUCCAUCAACAGGUCCUCCUCCACCAGCACCUCAAUCGAUGCAACCAAUGAGUGCAAUGAUGCAACAAAGGCCAGAUUGUCGGUUGGCACCGUCUAUUGUACCACCUGUGUCGAGUCAAAGAAAUAUCGAGGUUGUCUACCCGUCGUGUAUGGUUGAAAGUAAUAAUAACGCGGAACACAUGGAGCAAUCAGACCCUUUAAAUUACGAACCGUAUAUUUGGAGUUUUUAAAGGUAGAACACUUGGAUCUCAUUAAUCGUUUGUUCAUUAGUCAUACUGAUUUUUAAAUUGUUACUUCUUCCAUCGCAUCGCAUGAAAUUGUUUUUCAAUUCUCUACAUUGUUAUACCAUAUGUGAUGAUAUUAUACAGAUUCGUAUACACUGCAUUUAUUAAAGUAUUUUUAAUAUUUUCAUUCGAGAAUGUAUAAAGUCAUCGUCAAACGAAUAAGAAUCCUUAACAAUCAAAAUAAGUAAAUACAACCAGAAUUGAAAAAGACUUCUAGUUAAGUUUAAUAUAUUUUCAUAAUUGCAUGCAGUAUAACAAUUUUAAGAUGAUCACUAGAAAACCUCAAUGUUAUAUGUUAAAAAUACGUAUUCAGUGAUACACGAAGCUACUUACAAAGGACGACUAUCUUUUCUAUCUUGUUGUAUUCUAAACGAAAAUAUCACGAAACACAAUGUUGAUAAAAAAAUAACAAAAACGAACGUGUAAUUUUUAACUUAUAGCCAAGGAAUUAAUGUACGGUUCCUUUCUCCUAAAAUAAUAAGGCGGUACGAUUUAUACAUAAAAAUGGAUAUUC